CUCCGUGAGUCUCAAAAUGCACUGACAAUGUUAUUUGCCAUUGAGGAAAUCAACAACAGAACCGAUAUUCUUCCUGGGGUCAAAUUGGGUUAUAAAAUCUAUGAUUCCUGUGGAUCUCUUGAAAUGGCCACAAGAGCCUCAUUGUCCUUGGUUAAUGGAAAUGGAGAAAAUAUAUCUGUAAUGUCUUGCUCUAAACCUGACACAGUUCAAGCAAUCAUAGGACAAACAUCCUCCACUCCCACUAUUGCUAUUGCUGCUACUGUGGGACCUUUGAAAAUACCUGUGAUCAGUCACUUUGCAACAUGUGCAUGCCUAAGUGACAGGAGGAAAUACCCAUCUUUCUUCAGAACUGUUCCCAGUGAUUAUUACCAGAGCAGAGCUUUGGCUAGGUUGGUCAGGCAUUUUGGCUGGACAUGGGUAGGGGCCCUAUGCAGUGAUAAUGACUAUGGGAACAAUGGCAUAAAUGAAUUUAUCAUUGCAGCCAAAGAAGAGGGAAUAUGUGUUGAAUAUUCCAAAGCAUUCUUUAAGACAGACUCCAGGGAAAAAAUUCUGAAAGUAGUUGAGACUAUCAAAGCUUCAACCUCCAAAGUUAUUGUAGCAUUUGUUGCAUAUACAGACCUUGGGGUUCUUCUAAAGGAAAUGGCCUUACAGAACAUGACUGGGUUUCAGUGGAUUGGAAGUGAGUCUUGGAUUUCUAAUACAAACCCAGCGAAUGCUCAAUGGCAGCAUCUUUUGAAAGGGUCUGUGGGUUUCGCUAUGCCAAAAGCUCAAAUCAAUGGCCUAGGAGAAUUUCUGACCAAGCUUACUCCAGCUUCUGAUGUUGUUUUUUACAAAGAGUUGUGGGAAACAAUAUUUGACUGUAAACUUAUGACACAAGAAAAUGCUGAGAUAAAACAAAGGUGCAAGAGCAAUGAAAGUCUCAGUCAAGUUCAAAAUCUUUAUACAGAUGUUUCAGAGUUACGAAUUGCAAAUAAUAUUUACAAGGCUGUGUAUGCUGUGGCUUAUGCCCUACACAAAAGAUAUGGCUGUUCAAAGAGGGACAUUGGACAAGAAGGUCCUGUAGUCAGUGAGUUGACAAAACUCCAUUUCACCACUACAAAUGGAGAGGAUGUAUACUUGGAUGAAAAUGGAGACCCAGCAGCCAGGUAUGAAGUGCUAAACUGGCAACAAGGCAAAAAUGGUGAAAUAGUGUUUGUUAAAGUGGGCUUUUAUGAUGGCUCUCUGCAAUCACACCUUCAGCUGACAUUUAACAACAUGAGUAUAGAUUGGGCCCACAACAAACCACAGGUGCCAGUCUCUGUGUGUAAUCCAAGUUGUACCCCAGGAACCAGGAAGGCUGUGCAGAAAGGAAGGCCAAUCUGCUGCUUUGACUGUAUACCAUGUGCAGAGGGGGAAAUCAGUAAUAUAACAGAUUCUAUAACUUGCAUCAAGUGCCCACCUGAACUGUGGUCCAAUGACAGGAAAGACACCUGUGUCUUAAAGCUGGUGGAAUUCCUGUCAUUUGAGGAAAUAAUGGGGAUCAUUCUUGUAUCAUUUUCUUUGUUAGGAGUAUCUUUCACCAUCUGCAUUGCAGUAAUUUUCUUUAAACACAAGGAAACCCCAAUUGUUAGAGCAAAUAAUUCUGAACUGAGCUUCUUGCUCCUCUUCUCACUGACUCUGUGUUUCCUCUGUUCCCUUACUUUUAUUGGUCAGCCCACAGAGUGGUCCUGUAUGUUACGCCACACGGCGUUUGGGAUCACAUUCGUUCUCUGUAUCUCCUGUGUUCUGGGGAAAACAGUAGUGGUGUUAAUGGCCUUCAGGGCUACACUUCCUGGCAGUAAUGUAAUGAAAUGGUUUGGGCCUCUACAGCAGAGACUCAGUGUACUUGCCUUCACUCUCAUACAGGUCCUUAUUUGUGUACUUUGGUUAACAAUAUCACCUCCUUUUCCCUACAAAAAUAUGAAGUACUACAAGGAAAAAAUCAUAUUAGAAUGUAAUGUAGGCUCAGCUAUAGGUUUUUGGGCCGUGCUGGGUUAUAUAGGACUCCUGGCUGUUUUGUGUUUUAUUUUGGCUUUUCUGGCUCGGAAGCUGCCUGACAAUUUCAAUGAAGCCAAAUUCAUCACAUUUAGCAUACUUAUAUUUUGUGCAGUUUGGAUCACUUUUAUUCCUGCUUAUGUCAGCUCUCCUGGAAAAUUCACUGUUGCUGUAGAGAUAUUUGCCAUUUUAGCUUCAAGCUUUGGUUUACUAUUCUGCAUAUUUGUUCCAAAGUGUUACAUAAUCAUGCUAAAACCAGAAAAAAACACUAAAAAGGAAAUGAUGGGUAAAGCACCUGCUAAAUGA